AUGGGCUCCCCCAGGUCACCUCGCCGGACCUCGGGGCCAUCCUCCACUACCUCACCGAACCUUGCCGCCAUCCUCGAAUACCUCGCCACCGUCCUCACAGUGAGAGGUGCCUUCGCCGUCAAAGCAGCCAAACAGAUUCUUCCUUCUAAUAAUUUCACCGAUCAUGAAAGGAGUCAAUAUAUUUUUUUUCUCCAAAUUGUAGACAGAUUGCUAACCUUUACCUACUCUGGUGGCAAAGCUCCAGCUCAAGCAAGAUCGGUGGAAACACCUGCAAGUGAACCUGGCCAUGACAGCGGAAACAGCACUCCAAAAGAUGCACCAAAAGCAGAACCUUACAGGUCCAAACUUUUUUGGCUACUUUCUGUAUCAACUAAUAACGAUUUUUAG